ACAAGAAGGUAAAGUUUGUCCGUUUGACAAAUAUCUCGAAGAAAAUACCUGCUAAACGGACACUUUGGUGAUGGUCCAGCGUCAACACCGAGGCCCGCCGUAUGACCCAAUGUGAUACGCGUGCCUUAUGGAAGUGAGGCAGUGAAGUCAAAAGGGAAACAUGGGAACGGGCAUGAUCCACUUGGGCAACGGAAGUAGACAAACCAAGGCCUCCAUGCUCAAGUAUAAACACCACCAUGCCCACUGCAUAGCUGGACCUGUUGCUGACUCCAGACCACACCACCGUAUCCUGAUAUCACGCUUUGACCCCCUGAAUCUUCAAUACUCACCAAAGCUCCUUCCGCCCCUUCAGCAACACCCAAAAUGCCUCCAUCACCUAACCUCCUCCUCUCCCAACCCCUAACCCUCCCCGUCUCCAACCUCACCAUCCCCAACCGCCUCGCCAAAGCCUCCAUGUUCGAAGACUGCGCCGAUCCCACCACCAACCUCCCCUCCCCCCAAUUAAAAGCCAUCUCCUCCUCCUGGUCCACCGGCUCCUGGGGCCUUAUCCUCACCGGCUCGGUAGCCAUCGACCCCCUCCAAGUCACCACCAACGCCGUUCUGGCCAACCAACCCAACCUCCCCGAAGAAACCCUCCUCUCCUCCCUCCAAUCCUGGGCAGCUUCCUUCCGCCCCCCUGCCUCCUCCACCACCCCCCCAUCCCCAGUAAUAGUCCAACUAAUCCACCCGGGCAAACAACUCCUCCGCUUCGCCUCUAAAGCCCGCUCCAUGUUCGAACCCCCCUUGGCCCCCUCCCCCAUUCCCCUUGACCUAGGCCCCGGCCUCCUCCCAAAGAUAGCCCGCACCCUCCUCUUCGCCCACCCCCGAGAAAUGACCCUCCCCGAAAUCCAAUCCCUCAUCACCAAGCACGCCCACUCCGCCCUCAUCCUCGCCAAAGCCGGCUUCAACGGCGUCCAGAUCCACGCCGCCCACGGCUUCCUCCUCACGCAGUUCCUUUCCCCUCAUUCCAACAAGCGAACCGAUGCCUACGGUGGCACAGCUGCCAAGCGAGCCCGCGUCAUCCUCGAGAUCAUCGCUGCCGUGAGGGAAGCCACCAAAGAAUACAAAGGGUUCGUCGUAGGCCUCAAGCUAAACAGCGUGGAUCACCAGCAAACCGACAGGCAAGGCAAAGAAGACAGCAUCGAGCAGCUCCGACUCCUGGCAAAGACAGAGCUGGAUUUUGUCGAGAUCAGCGGGGGCAGUUUUGAGGAUAUCAAACCCAGGGAGAUGCUCGCCGAGAGCACGAAGAAAAGAGAGGCGUUCUUUCUCGAGUUUGCCAGAGUAGCUAAGCGGGAGUUGGCCGGGAUUCCAUUGAUGGUUACGGGCGGCUUCACCACCAGGCUUGGGAUGGAGGAGGCGCUCAGGAGGGGUGAUUGCGAUAUGGUUGGGUUGGCAAGGCCCUCGAUUUUCGACCCUUUGCUUCCGAGGAAUGUCCUCUUGAACCCAGAGGUCAAAGAUGAGGAUGCCAAGGUGACCCGUGUCAAUGUUCCGGUGCCUUGGUUGUUGCAAAAGAUUCCGCUCAAGCUGGUUGGGGCUGGUGUGGAUGGUCAAUUCCACGCCAAGAAACUGCAAGCACUCGGAAGCACCGAGAACAAGAAGGCUUGAUAGGACAUACCAGAGACCAUUGCAGGAAUAACUGGAAGUUGUGGAGGGUGCAAGCCAGCUAGCCGAGUGGCGCACCUGGGUUUGUAAUGGGUGUUAGAGCAGACGAAUGGAAGAAAACCUGUAUGCAGAUACUUACGUAUGAGGAUAGAGAGACAGAAAGAGUUUACCUUUUUA